AUGUCGUCUGGAUUCGUAUCCGCCGGAACGGAUCAGGAGCCAAUCGAACGCGACGAUGAAUGGCGUCGUGUACAGAAUGAGCUCGAGGAGGAGCGCAAGCGCAAAGCAGAGCUAGGGAGGCAGGAAGAUGGCAAGAGCUUAUACGAAGUACUUCAGCAGAACAAAAUGGCCAAGCAGGAAGCUUUCGAAGAGAAGAUCAAGCUGAAGAAUCAAUUCCGUUCGCUGGACGAAGACGAAGUCGAAUUCCUCGAUUCUAUCAUGGAGUCCACCCGGGCCAAGGAAGCUGCGGUCAAGAAGGAGACUGCCGAACAGCUGGAGUUGUUCCGUCGGCAGCGAGAAGAGGCAGAGAAAACUCUGCUGGAGGAUACAUCUGCGGAUGUCGCACCGGCCGCUGAAGGAGAGGACUGGAAGAUUCCUGCCCGCAAGAGACGUCGAGAGAAGAGCAAAGACCUUCUUAUACCCGGUAAAAAGCGCAAGUCUCUGGGGGGUGACACUACUGGAAACUCCUCGAAAGAACAAAGUGCGGACAAAGAAUCCGGAAAGGUCGAUAAGAGUGUCCAUGAAAGCAAGCCGGAGCCAACGCAAAAGAAGCCGGAAGAGUCAAAGCCAGCAGCUGCAUUGCCUGGAGCAAGCAAGCCUGUACAGGAUUCAAAAUCAAGCCCAAAGCAGACUGCAUCGAACGCAGCAGCAAAAGCACCUUCGUUAUCCCUUGGAUUAGCCGACUACGGCUCAGAUUCAGAAUGA